AUGAGCCGCCAAUUCACCUACAAGUCGGGAGCUGCUGCCAAGGGGGGCUUCAGCGGCUGCUCCGCUGUGCUCUCAGGGGGCAGCUCAUCCUCCUACCGAGCAGGGGGCAAAGGGCUCAGUGGAGGCUUCAGCAGUCGGAGCCUUUACAGCCUGGGGGGUGCCCGGAGCAUCUCUUUCAAUGUGGCCAGUGGCAGUGGGUGGGCAGGAGGCUAUGGAUUUGGCCAGGGCCGGGCCAGUGGCUUUGCUGGCAGCAUGUUUGGCAGUGUGGCCUUGGGGUCCGUGUGUCCGUCGUUGUGCCCGCCCGGGGGUAUCCAUCAGGUCACCAUCAACAAGAGCCUCCUGGCACCCCUGAACGUGGAGCUGGACCCUGAAAUCCAGAAAGUGCGUGCCCAGGAGCGGGAGCAGAUCAAGGUGCUGAACAACAAGUUCGCCUCCUUCAUUGACAAGGUGCGGUUCCUGGAGCAGCAGAACCAGGUGCUGGAGACCAAGUGGGAGCUGCUACAGCAGCUGGACCUGAACAACUGCAAGAAUAACCUGGAGCCCAUCCUCGAGGGCUACAUCAGCAACCUGCGGAAGCAGCUGGAGACGCUGUCCGGGGACAGGGUGAGGCUGGACUCGGAGCUGAGGAGCGUGCGCGAAGUGGUGGAGGACUACAAGAAGAGGUAUGAAGAAGAAAUAAACAAGCGCACAACUGCUGAGAAUGAAUUUGUGGUGCUUAAGAAGGACGUGGACGCAGCUUACAUGACCAAAGUGGAGCUGCAGGCCAAGGCGGAUGCCCUGGAUGGAGAAAUCAAGUUCUUCAAGUGUCUGUACGAGGGGGAGAUUGCUCAGAUCCAGUCCCACAUCAGCGACACAUCCAUCAUCCUGUCCAUGGACAACAACCGGAACCUGGACCUGGACAGCAUCAUUGCUGAGGUCCGUGCCCAGUAUGAGGAGAUCGCCCGGAAGAGCAAGGCCGAGGCUGAGGCCCUGUACCAGACCAAGUUCCAGGAGCUGCAGCUAGCAGCCGGCCGGCAUGGGGAUGACCUGAAACACACCAAAAAUGAGAUCUCAGAGCUGACCCGUCUCAUCCAAAGACUGCGCUCGGAGAUUGAGAGUGUGAAGAAGCAGUGUGCCAACCUGGAGACGGCCAUCGCUGACGCCGAGCAGCGGGGGGACUGUGCCCUCAAGGACGCCAGGGCCAAGUUGGAUGAGCUGGAGGGCGCCCUGCAGCAGGCCAAGGAGGAGCUGGCACGGAUGCUGCGCGAGUACCAAGAGCUUUUGAGCGUGAAGCUGUCCCUGGAUAUUGAGAUCGCCACCUACCGCAAGCUGCUGGAGGGCGAGGAGUGCAGGAUGUCCGGAGAAUAUACCAACUCCGUGAGCAUUUCGGUCAUCAACAGCUCCAUGGCCGGGAUGGCAGGCACAGGGGCUGGCUUUGGAUUCAGCAAUGCUGGCACCUAUGGCUACUGGCCCAGCUCUGUCAGCGGGGGCUACAGCAUGCUGCCUGGGGGCUGUGUCACUGGCAGUGGGAACUGCAGCCCCCGUGGGGAAGCCAGGACCAGGCUGGGGAGUGCAAGUGAAUUCAGGGACUCCCAGGGAAAGACCUUAGCUCUAAGCUCACCCACCAAAAAAACCAUGAGAUAAAAGUGCAACGCAGCCCAUUUCCCAGUAGUCUGCCUUGCCCUGGCAGACUGCUCCGGACUCUUCUAGGAAAUUCCUCUGUCUCAUUUGUCCUCAUCUCCUUCUUGCUUUGCUUUGCUGUGGACCUCUCCUCCUUCUCCUUGACCUCUCUGCCUCAGUCUUUGUUAAUGUUGAGUCAGGAUUUGAGAGCUGGAGCCCAUCUUUCUGCCUCAAUCCAAAGAGGCCUUUUAACUCAGCCUCCCCUUCUGGAAGAAGACUUGGCCUUUUCUCUGCCUGCAUGUCCCUGUGCAGAGGAAGGCUGUCUCUCAAGGGUAACCCCAAUCUGCCUGUGCUGCUCUUUCAUACCCUCUCUCAGUAACUAUUUGGCCAUGUGCUCCCUGGGUACACAAGUUUUCAGAUCUACUGAUAGACCUGCAGGAACUCUCUCAUGUUAGAGCAAUACUGGCUCAGGCAAAACACCUGGUGGGAAGUUGUAUCUUGUAUAGCCACUGCAUAUUACAUAGCCAGGAGUACCCCUUGAGGCUAAUUCUACCAACCAAGGGAUUUGUGCUCUUCAUCUGUGGGUACUUGUCCUUGUUUAGGCCUCACCUCCCUGCUCCUGUGUCUUACCAAUAAACUUAUAAAGCCCA